AUGGUUCUGUGCCCCCCCCCCCCAACCAAGCGGGUCACCAAGCGUGCUAUGGUGGGCAAUUCCUCAGCCAGCUUCAUCAAGAAGCUUCAGUCCUACACCGUCCGCCUGGCGAAGGCAGAACAGGGGGCGGGGUUGACCCUGUGUGACCUCAUGGGCCUGGGCGAGGGCGGGACCACUGGACUGACACUUCACGACACCCUUGCUGUCAUCAAAGGCCAUGCACCAGAGGGACACAAGUUCAGCCCAGAACAACCAGUGAGGUCGGAGACGGUGGGUUAUGUGAAGAAGCCUUUGCUGAAGGACAAGGUGCACUGUGUGGUCUUUGUGGUGGACGCCUCGAAGAUCUCCACCUAUCCUAAAAGCCUGAGCGACACCUUCCAGCAACUCAGGGACCACAUCAGUGACCUCGGUGUACAUCAAGUGGCUUUGCUGACACAUGUGGACAAGAUCUGUCCAGACACGGCUCGAGACAUCACCCAGGUGUACAAGAGCAUGAUCGUUCACCAGACGAUCAACAAGGCUGGGGCUCUACUGGGCAUGUCCACAUCUUACAUCGUCCCGGUGAAGAAUUACUCAUCAGAGCUUGAUCUCAACAAGAACACAGACAUCCUCCUGCUAAGUGCUGUGGACCACAUCCUGCAAUAUGUGGACCUCUACUUCCAGGACAAUGUUGCAACAGAAUCUGUUUCAACAUUGUCCUGGAAGUAGACAAUAAACACCCUUCUUCAUUUUGAAGCUGUUUCUUUGAUAUCGUAAUGACGUUGAUGGUUCUCUGCUCACCAAGAUCACUGAUGUGAUCCCUGAGCUGCUCGAAGAUUAGAACCUAAACCGUCUGUUUGACAAAAACACAGUCUGCAAUUUUGUAUCUCAUUCAUCUCAUUGCAAAAAGUAAAUGAAUAAAGAAUAAAGUACUGCCUA